AUAAAUUAUGCAAAAUUUCCCACUUUCCCUUUCUCACUAGGCCACCCUCUUUACCUCAUUAACUCAGCCAUUUUCACAAACACCAAAACUUCAUACAUCCCAUUCAACCCAAAAGAAACCCCACCUGUUCCCCAGGGGUUCACCGUCACCGUCGCCGCCGCUAACGCAAGAACCCCAAGUGGUGAUUUCCCUUUUAGUACCUGAUUAUGUCGUCACUCCUUGAUACUACACCACCUUCCACCCCAGGCAAGUUCAAAUCGGACAAAUCCUCCACGUACCUUCACCAUCACCAUCGUUCUCUCCGCUUGCAUUCCUCUCUCUCCAAGCUCACUUUCUACUCCUUCCUCUUCCUUAUUCUCUUUCUCUUCUUCUUUCUCCUCUCUCCUCCCUCGCCUUCCCCUCGCCACCAAGUCAAAACCGAUCCACCUGGGGGUCCUCUUUGGGAGAAAAAAGUCGUCAAAUCCGCGCGUCCCAAGGCACGCGCUGGCCUAACCGUUUUGGUUACUGGUGCUGCUGGCUUUGUGGGAACCCAUGUCUCCGUCGCGCUGAAACGUCGAGGAGAUGGCGUACUUGGUCUCGACAAUUUCAAUCACUACUACGAUAUCAGCCUCAAAAGAGCCAGGCAAAAGGUACUUGAACGAUCUGGGGUUUUUAUAGUGGAAGGGGAUAUCAAUGACAUGGCAUUAUUAAAGAAGCUUUUUGAUGUGGUGCUUUUUACCCAUGUAAUGCACCUAGCUGCUCAAGCUGGGGUGCGUUACGCAAUGCAAAAUCCCAAGUCUUAUGUUCAUAGCAACAUUGGCGGAUUUGUCAAUUUGCUUGAGGUUUGUAAAUCAGCGAACCCACAACCUGCGGUUGUGUGGGCGUCUUCGAGCUCUGUCUACGGGCUUAAUAGGAAGGUACCAUUUUCAGAGAAGGAUAGGACUGAUAAUCCUGCGAGUUUAUAUGCAGCAACUAAAAAGGCAGGAGAGGAAAUUGCCCAUACCUACAAUCAUAUUUAUGGUCUAUCCAUUACUGGGUUGCGUUUUUUCACGGUUUAUGGACCAUGGGGAAGGCCCGACAUGGCGUAUUUCUUUUUCACCAAGGAUAUUUUGAAGGGGAAGGAGAUUGGUCUCUUUGAGACAGCAGAUGGAAGGAGUGUAGCAAGGGAUUUCACCUACAUUGACGACAUUGUGAAAGGGUGUUUGGCGGCUUUGGAUACUGCAAAGAAGAGCACGGGGAGUGGAGGGAAGAAGAGGGGGCCAGCGCAAUUGAGAGUCUUUAAUUUGGGGAACACUUCGCCAGUACCUGUGAGUCGUCUUGUUGGCAUAUUGGAGAGUCUUUUGAAGGUGAAGGCUAAAAAGAAGGUAAUGCCAUUGCCUAGAAAUGGGGAUGUGGAGUUUACACACGCCAAUAUUAGUUUUGCACAGAGAGAGCUUGGAUAUAAGCCUACAACUGAUUUGGGAACGGGGCUUAAGAAGUUUGUGAGAUGGUACCUCAGUUAUUAUUCGGGGUCAAAGAAAAAGGGUUCCUGGUGAAUAAUAAACGACUUUUAUGUUUGCAAUAUCUAUUUUGGCACAUAUUUUGAAAUCUUUCUUCAUUUGAUUGUGAUACAGGAGGACUUUUUGUCUUGCAAUACGUUUGAUUUGCUGAUUGAUAAGCAUCUUAUUGCUGGGCAUAUCUAACUUGUAUCAAAAGUGGUUAUUUAUUUUUACUUCUCCUCAUAUAUUGCUUCA